UUGCCUGUCGGCUGUCGCUGCCUGGUCUGCUCUCUCUUGAGGCAUUCAAGCAGCAAGGGGGUGCGGAGCGACCGAGGACGCUCGGCCGCUCACCAUCCAUGGAAGCGGCGGCGGCGACAUCGGUCGGGGCCGGAGUCGGACCCCAGCCACGUCCCGCCCUGGGAUUCAGGCGCAGCCAGCUCCGGGUCCGGGCCCCAACCUGUUCGUGCCUGGGCACGCCCCGGCCGGCCUCGCGCCUACUCUGCGGCGGCGGGGGAGCCCGUCCCCGCGGCGCCAUCGCCGCGGCGUCUGGCGACCAGCGGCGGAAGCAGCAGCAGCUGGGAGAGCUCGAGGCGGAGGCCGGCUCCGUGUUGGGUCCUCCGAGGAGCAGCCCUCACGAGGUGAGGGAGGAGAUGGCGCGGUGCUUCGACCUCGUCCGCCGCCUCGGCCGGGGCGCCGUCUACCUCGGCUCCUCCAGGGUCCCGCCCACGCACCCGCACUUCCUCCAGACCGCCGAGCUCGCCAGAGAGAUAGCUCGGCUGCUUGACUGCACCACAUGGACCGGAGCCGGACCUGGCCUCAUGGACGCCGCCAUCCAAGGCGCCCUUGAGGCAGACAAGCCAAUCGGUGGCCUCAAGAUUGCCAAGGAAGCUGGUGAAUGGACAAGCUCAGGCUUCCAUCCUUACCUGCCUUCAGAGACCUACCUCACCUGCAGGUUCUUCUCGGCAAGGAAGCACGGACUGGUGGAUGCUGCUGUGCGGAGCAGCACUGCUGACAGAACGGCUGUGAUUGCAUUGCCAGGCGGGAUUGGGACACUGGACGAGUUGUUUGAGAUCAUGGCGCUGAUCCAACUGGAGAGGAUUGGGUCGACACUCCCGGUCCCAUUCUUGCUCCUCAACUAUGAUUCUUAUUACUCCAAGCUGCUGGACUUCCUGAAUGACUGCCAGGACUGGGGCACUGUGGCUCCAGGGGAAGUGGCGGCACUUUGGAAGGUUUGUCAUGGGAAUUAUGAAGCCCUGGAGUACCUGGCAGAGUUCUACAGUGUUCCUGCUGCCAAGAGAAAUUACCAAAUGUCACCACCAUUGAAGCAGCACAGUACUUCAUACGCCACGAGUUGAUGUUGGAAGCUUUUCACUAGAUUUAUCUCUUUUUUUUUCUUUGCCUCCCUUUUGAUUCUCUUCUGCACAGAACAGAUUGUCCUUGCUUCAGUUUUUACAAGUUCUUUGAGCGGAUCAUAUCAAGCCCUUGGAAGCAACAUUUCGAAGUAAAUGGUGGUGAUGAAUGCAAUCAAAGUUUGCAUGAGAUUAUUGUCUUUGUUUGAGCA